CAGAUUCUUAACAGCUGCCGAGAUGAACCUUAAUCACAUUUACUUGCUCUUGAUAAAGUCCUUGCAUUGCAUCCAAGUAUUAACUCAAGUAAAUGCAGUGGUCACAGAAGGAAUCAAUGUUGGCCAGACACCUCCAGAAAUCGAGGCUUUUGAAGGAGAUACCAUCAAUAUGCAGUGCUCUUGCGAAAAGGGCAAGAUAGAAAGUAUCAGGGUAACAUGGAAGAAAGACUCAAAGGAAUUUCUUCAGGCAACUACAAUGACUCCAGCUAACGUCAACAGAAGUUCAUCUUCCAUUAACGAAACAACAGCAAGGCUAACAAUUGAAAAUAUUAUCCAACAUGAUUCAGGAAUGUACGUCUGUCAAGUCACUGUUGAAAUACCAGCACCGAUUCGAAAAGGCUCGGGGAAUGGAACAAAAUUAACUGUGCAAGCAAAUGUAAACUACAGUCCUAAAUUUUGUGCAGUGCUACUGUUGCUGAUAUUGGUUCCUGCAAUUAUAUAUUAUAAGCAACGACAGAAAAGGAAAACAAAUGCAAGAGCAUCAGGUCGUGUUGUGACAGAAGUGAUCAAUGAAGAAAACCAAGAGAAUGAAGGGAGUGAGGAAAACACACAUUCAAGAGGCUCGUCUCAUUGGAUGGCUUCAUCGCUUUAUGAAUCGUUUGAUUACUUCACAAUCAAACAAGAAGAAAAGGAAGAAGCAUGUAACAUAUCAGAGAGUUGAUUACAAAAAAAGGAGAAAAAAAAAAUCAAAAUCGAAUUUGUGUUGUUGAAUUUUCAUAACUUUUUGAUAAGGCUCUGUCAGCUUUGAUAAUUCAUGAGCAUUACUGCAGUAGAAUCUGAUGUUUGGUCAUUAGUUUAACAACCUACUUGACAAGCAAUAUUAAACACCAGAGAUCAGAAAGAUUAAAGAAAAUCCCAUUCUCCUCUUUAACAGUCCUCUCCUGGUUUAUGGAGCCAACAUUAAAUGAGUCGUGUUUUAGCUUGUGGAGCUCUUUCGUUCGGGGAAAUUGUCAAAGGAGAAAAUCAGGGAGUUAAUAAAUGUUCAUACUGUUUUGGUCAGAAAAAAAAAAUGGGUCAGGUAUGGGGAACAGGGAUCAAUUGUAUCCCUGGAGUGGAGGGGAUUGAGGAGCAUAUUAAAAUCACAGGGAAGGUCACAAUGAGGGCAGGAGAUAGCUCUGGUAGAUAAGAUCAAUGAGAAUCAAAGGAGAAUUUUAAGGAAAAAAAUGAUAACUAGAGAGAGGACCAGGCCCCUCAGAAACCAAAGUGAUGAGGUACCAGAGAAUUAAAAGGUUAUUAAUGUUGUGCCUCUACAUAAGAAAUGCUACAAAGAAAAACAUAGGGACUAUAACCCUGUAAGUCUAACAUCUCUGAUAGUAAAGUUACUGGAGAGAAUUCUGAGGGAUAAUAUAUACUUGCAUUUGGACAGGGGUUGAUUCGGGAUGACUAGCAUUGUUUUUUCAUGUCUUAACAAAUUUGAUU